AAAGGCUCCCACCUAAAAAAAAUGAACAACAAAUUUGACGCUCUGAAAGAUGAUGACAGUGGAGACCAUGACCAGGACCAAAGCUCACCGAAAGACUGUGAGAAGGAAAAAACUGAAGACGAGGACAAGGACCAGAACGCCUCCAAGAGAAAGAUGGUGGUGCCAGGGGCAGGAGAACACCCUCUUCAAUACAACUACACCUUCUGGUACUCCAGACGCACCCCAGGGAGACCAGCUAGCACUCAGAGCUAUGAACAGAACAUUAAACAGAUCGGCAGCUUCGCCUCGGUGGAACAGUUCUGGCGUUUCUAUAGUCACAUGAUCCGGCCAGGCGACCUGACGGGCCAUAGUGACUUUCACCUCUUUAAAGAGGGUAUUAAACCCAUGUGGGAGGAUGAUGCCAAUAAGAUGGGUGGUAAAUGGAUCAUCCGUCUGAGGAAAGGCCUGGCGUCUCGGUGCUGGGAGAACCUGAUCUUGGCCAUGCUGGGGGAGCAGUUUAUGGUUGGAGAGGAGAUCUGCGGGGCUGUGGUGUCUGUACGCUUCCAGGAGGACAUCAUCUCCAUCUGGAAUAAGACAGCCAGUGACCAGUCCACCACUGCUCGUAUCAGAGACACCCUACGUCGAGUCCUCAACCUGCCGCCCAACACCAUCAUGGAGUACAAGACUCACACAGACAGCAUUAAGUAUAGCCUGGGAAGACUUCCAUGGUCUGGUGAAUGCUAGUGGUGGACGUUAGCCCCUCACACAGAGAACCUCUGCAAGAGUGUUUGUAUAUGUGAUGUGCUGGGGGAUGACGUGUCCAGGAAAGGAUACCUCAGUGUGGACUGGCGCUGUGUAACAUGAAGACAGGAUCAGAAGACCUUUUCAUUCUCUGUGUCAAAUUGGAAAUGAAUAGAAAAGCAUGUCGACAGCACACUGAACCAAGCCGAAGAGAGAAAUAUGCGUUGUUUUUAAUCAACCAGAGACGAACAAAGCCUCCAUUUCUUUUAUUCUUUUUUUUUUUUUUUAUGCAAGAUUUCACAUCAUGGUAACUUGCCUCCCCCAGAGGGAGGUCAUGUUUGACUGGUGUUGACUGAUCAGGUCACUAGCUGAUAACAAAGUGUACUUGACAAAAGACAACAAUCUGUUCAAAUACUAGAUUUCAUUGCUUUACAUAACGUCAGACUUCUUGCUGUUAAAAAUGUGUUUGUGUUAACCUGUUACAUUGAGACUCAAACAGGGUUGCAGGCAGGAGUUAUUUUAUUACAGUGCUGUAUUUUAACAGUUCCUCUGGACAUUUCGAACUAAAAAGAUUAUUAUUGUAUACAAUAUAUUUGUAAAUACAGUCCACUUCAAAGAUCACUCAACUGAAUCAACUGUGAUUCUCCAUCUUUGACCUGGGAUUUGAAUUCCAAAGGAUGAAGACCAUCCUGUGUUGGGCAGAAGCUUGUAUAACGGGCAUCUUCAGAAUGGACUACCAAGCUGCCUGAAUCACUGUGCCUGGCCGCAAGCCUGACCCAUACCAGUUUUCCCUCUUAUCUGUUUUGUUUUUAUUCCCAGCCUUUAAAGAGUCCAAGGAAUGGGCUCUGCUUUAAUGUCCUAAAACACUUACCUUCACUCUUUUUACAUUUUGUAGUAAAUGAAAUGAAAAUGGGCCCAGGGUCAGGGUCUGUUACAGUUUUUAUCAAUUCCUCGGGAUCAUUUUUUUCAACAAUGUAAAGAAAGAAGACAUAGUUUGUUGAAAUACUGUAAUGCUGCCCUUAUUUAGUGGUGUGACGAUGGGUGCAGGUGUAAAUCAGAGGGGAAGAAGCACUGCUGGAUGUACACCUGAUGGAUUAUAGCAAUAAAUGUCAAAUAUGCAUCUGCUGCUAAA